CAUUGGACAGCCUGUCCCGUCCGCGCCUCUCGUCGUUACUGUUUUCAACAAACUUCAACUUCACUCCUCACUCGUUCCUUCCUCACUCUUCAGCAGUUCGCCCCAGCGUGAACAGGCGGUGAGGGAAGCGCGGAAUAGUCUUCCACUUUGCGCCUUCUUCUCUCCGAGUAAAUUAGAGCUGCUUUAAAGACAGAGAAGCCAUGGCCUCUUGCGGCUCCAUCUACGCCGAGCUGCUCUCAAACAUUCGCCAAAUCUCUCUCGCGGUAUCGCUGCACUCGCCCAGCGAUGCCUCGACGCAAGUCGCUGUCACAGCCGAUGGCUGCAGUGUCGAGCUCAGGCACCGCGGAGAGACUCGGCACCUGGUCCUGCCAGCAAAGGUUACCCUCGGCGGCGCUGUCCUCCCCAUCCAGAAACAAAAUGUCCAGUCGCUGUCAUGGCGGUUGCCGCUUGACCCGGAGGGGUCCUCGCCUGGCCUAGUAUUCCGCCCUAGAGAUGGGGGAGAGCAGCGUCCGCCAUCGUGGUCGGCCGCCGAUCUACUACCCGGCUCUGAAGUCUCUUGCAGGCAGUGCGGUUCCGUCCUCGUCAACAAAGACGCUUUAACGGUAUGGAAGGACUUGCCGAGCGAAAACUGGGCCGAGAUGAUGGAGUUCUGGCAUUGCCACAAGCCCAGCGACGGGGGACACCACCAUGCCGAGAGCAAUGGGCAGACUGAUGAGAAGAGCAUUGCCUCUAAGGGGUAUGGUGCAUCCUCCCACAUCUCGGCGCAAAAGAGCAUCGGCUUUGUAGAUUUGACGACGCUGCUUUUUGCUGAAGACGACUGCCUGGGCAUCACGUUCUCCCCCUCUGGCUACGAACACGGGUCAGCAGAUAGACAUGCCUUGGCGGAAACGGACGCACCAGGCAGCCAGCCCCGGAGCUUGAAUGUUUUUUGUUCUUCUUGUCGCACGCAGCUGGGGUUCUUCAACUUCAGAGCAGCUGCAGUCACACUCUUGAAGUGGCAGAUAUCGUGCCAGUCUGUCUCUGGCAGUGCCCCCGGAAUCUCCAAGUGCCUCGCCGUCACGCUCAUCUCCAUCAUUGCCCGGUCUGCAUCUUCCAAAUUGUUGAUAACGCCCAUAUCUGAGUCCACAACCUCUCCUGACGAUACCCAACCGAGCAUGGAGAAUGCUCUCCAUAUCUGGGUAUUGAACAGCGGCAUCGUGUACUCGUCAAGUGCUACUGCACCAGGAAGCACGCCAGCUAUCAAACUCCUCUACCGGCUGAUUAGGCGCGAGGAGGCCGAGCGGAUGCUCGAGACGCUUACCUACGACGCCCAGGAAGUAAGUCUACCAGCCGGCGCGCUGGGAAAUGUUAUCCAGUCCUUGGACGAGAGCAAUGGGCUGUUGCCCGAGUCUGAGCGGCUGUUCAAGGAGUGGAAGGUUGGCCUGCUGAAGAAAUAGGUUCUGUGUGGGACCGGGUGACCUUGGAUUCGGGCACAGUCAUAGAUGCUAGUUAGCUCGAUUCUCCAGUACUUCUCCCUAAUAUUAGCUCAUAUCAAUCCACAAUCGGCUUAUAUCGAAGCUGGGCUGACUUGAAGCGUUUCAUUUUUCCUGUAUUGCAUAUUUUCAUUUUAUCGUAUGCGUAGUGAUGGUAUAAGCCAUUUUCACUUUGGUGAUAAAUUCUUGCAAGACGCUCCUAGAGUUGACGAAAUAAC